AUGUUUGUAUUCCUUUUCGCCUUAGGAAGGCCGCUCCUAUUUGGUAGUAUCUCACCAGAAGGCAGGUUUUGGAAAGUUUUUUCAAUUAAUGAUUUCCAUAAUAAUGCGAGUCCCGCAGAUCCAAAGUGUAAUCAUGAAGAUCCUGGUUGCCAGUGGAAUGAAGGAGUUCAGGGUUAUAAAUGCACUAAGGUACAAGAUAACGCUAACGAUGAUGAUGAUAGAUGCUUUGGAUAUUUCGAAUACACUCGAGAUCCUGACCAUUUAAUUGAUGAAGACUAUAUUACCGAAUUUAAAUUCAGAUGUGAACUUACUGGCGGUGGAAGAUGCCUUUUUGAUAUUUCCACUCCUUCUGGAAUCUCUAUUCAAAAAUAUAUUUAUGCAAACCAAAAUGAUGGAAAUGAAAAUAUGUUAAUCUACAACAAUGGAAAACCAUAUAAAGGUAGUAUUAAUGUUAGAGUUUAUCUUCAUCCUUAUUCUACUGAUACAGUUUUCAAAAAUGUAUCAAUUAUUCCUAUUAGAACAGGUCUUGCUCUUGUAUCUAUUCCAAAUUAUAUUGAAAGUGAUACUAGAACAGAAAGAUUACCAACAGGUAAAAAAACGCCAAUCCAAACCCAAAAUGGAUUAACAGCAUACAGAGCAUCAAUCAAAUUGUACAAAGAGAAUGAAAAGAUUCCCGGUUUAUCAACCAAAGUCUUACUAAACAGUUUCAAACUAUCUUCUACUCAGAAGAAGUAUACAGAAAAACUUACAGGAUCGGAAGAUUUGAAGCUUCUCUCUCCUAUCAUUGCAAAUGACCAAUAUAUUAUUGGUGUUGAUAUAUUUAAGAAAGAUUUUUUCAUCGAUUGGACAGUAUCUGAAGUAACAGAUGCCAGAUAUAUGGCCGCCUCAUCAUUAACUUUGAAUAUAAAGCCGCUUGAAGAUCUAGAAUAA